ACUUAUGAUCAGUUUAAAAGAGAAGGAUGCGAUAAUUGUGAAAGUUUUCUUAGGCUCCGUGGCCAUUCUGAUAAGGUCAAGGAAUGUACAAGUCCCGAUUAUGACGGAAUUAUUGCGCUUAUGAAGCCUCGUGCUAACUCUUUCAUUUCUAAAGCAAAAAAACUUACACGUUAUGUUCCAGGUACUUAUGCUGUUGGUGUUAGUGGUGAACUUCCAGAUUGGGUUGAAGAAAUUUUGAUGGACGAAGGUAUUUACAUUUCACGAGAUAAUGAUAAAUAUCCCAUGCCGAAAAAAGGACAUGCCAUGAGGCAUAAUUUCUAA